AUGGUUCCAACCAUCAGAAACAUUGCAUGUUGUAGUACUCAUCGAGACUACUUCGUCGACUUCUUUGGAAGUAGCUUGAUCGUCACGGUAACAUCGACUCCCUCAGUCAUCAGGAAAUGGAUCAGAAGUGUCAUCUUCCACCACCGCCAUUCUCCAUCUAACCACCCUCUCGUCGUUGGAGUCGGCGUUCAGUGGACACCGGAGGCAAGUUAUGACGAUCCUCAGGCGGAUACUCUACAGUUAUGCGUGAGUAACCGAUGUAUCAUCAUCCAGUUGUCUCACUGUGACCGUGUCCCCGAUGCCCUCCGCAGUUUCCUCACGAAUCAAGAGACGACUUUUGUCGGUGUUUGGAAUAGUCAAGACGCGAGAAAGCUAGAGGAAUGUAGACAUCGUCUGGAGAUGGGACAACUUCUUGACGUAAGGAGGUACGUUAGUGUGAGUCUUAGGAAUCGUUCGUUUGAGGAGAUUGUUGAGGCAUGCAUGGGUUAUCAAGGAGUGAGGCUAGAUCCGAUGAUAAGCAUGAGUGAUUGGAGUGUUGAGUGCCUUGAUGUUGAUCAGGUAUGUCAAGCUUCGGUGGAAGCUUUUGUUUGCUUCAAGCUCGGUGUUUCGGCUCGUAUAUGGCAGCAAGAUUGA